AUGGCUGACUCCGCUUCCUCCGGUCCAAAGCGCAAGCAUCCACCCACUUUUCACCACUACCCGACCAACAGGGCAAAGGCAUUGAAGAAAGCAUGGGUCGAGAAAACCAAGAUCAAAAGCAAAUGGAAGGCUGAAAAACGCAAGGAGGAUCUGGCGUCGAACUACAAGCUGGAAAUACCUGUGUACAGCGACGAUGAUGGCCCUAAUGUCCCCCAAGUCUCAACAUCACAGCCAGAAUCACCAUCAACAAGUAGUGCCCCAGCUCAUCUUCACCAUUCUCGCGCACACAUACACCCAGAGCUGCCAGUUAAACCUCAUAAAUCUGUGCAGCCAGAUACAGAGCCUAGACCUGCAAAGCGGCGGAAAAUAUUAAAAGGCAAGGACGAAGAUAAAUCUGCUGAAUCUGUUUCUCUGCGCGAACUCACCAGGGAGGCGUAUUCUCGAUCGACAUUACACACAUUUAAGGCCGAUCCUUUGAAAAAGAGGUAUGAUGGAAAAGAUAAAAACAAUAAAAGGGGAGCCAGCACAGGUCGUGGGCAACCUAACAUGAAGCUUCGGAUGAAUGCCAUGCUUGCCAAAAUCAAACAAGACUUCGCGUAG